AUGACCUCUGCUCUCUCCCGGCUUGCUAACUCGCUAUGGCUCUUUGCGCUCCGUCUGCUCGUCGAUCCUCAAUACUUCAUCACUCUCGCUGCGCUGGUCGUGCUCGGUGAUGCCUUCCUCACUCAGCUCAUCAUCCGCUUCGUGCCUUAUACGGAGAUCGACUGGGAGACAUACAUGUACCAGCUCGAGCUGUACAUGAAGGGCGAGCGGGACUACGCGCUCAUCACAGGUCCGACGGGGCCCAUCGUAUACCCGGCUGGACAUGUAUAUGUCCACCAGCUUCUAUAUACCCUCACGGACUCCGGGACGAACCUAUGGAAGGGGCAACAAAUUUAUGCGGCCCUUUACUUGACGUCGCUUGCCUUGACGGCGGCCAUCUACAAGCAAGCGGGGGGCGUCCCAAACUGGGUUCUGCUCCUCCUUCCUUUAAGCAAGAGGUUGCACUCGAUAUACGUGUUGCGGCUCUUCAAUGACUGCUGGGCCGUCGUAGCUGCACAAGCUGCCAUCUUUGCGUUUGGGAACGGCUGGGAUGCACUGGGAAUAGUGCUGCUUGGCUGUGCGCUGUCAGUGAAGAUGUCUGUGCUACUGUACGUACCUGGGCUUCUCGUGAUCCUCUUCCGGCGGCGGGGCCUCCUCUCCACCGUCCUCCAUAUGCUCGCCCUCGGGGGCACCCAACUACUCAUCGGGGCGCCCUUCUUGCUGCAAUAUCCCUGGUCGUACCUCAAGAACUCGUACGAGUUCUCAAGGGUGUUCCUUUUCAAAUGGACCGUCAACUGGCGCUUUCUGGGCGAAGACCUCUUCCUGAACUCCAGUUGGGCGAAGAGCCUCUUGGUAGCGCACGUCACGACGCUUGUACUCUUCGGACUCUUCAAGUGGUGCAGAAGCGAUGGCGGCGUGUUGCAGGUCCUGGACAGAGGACUCAGGACGCCGACGCGUGCCCCGUCCCUGGCCCCGCUUACGGCGGAUUAUGUCACCACCGUUCUAUACACCUCGAACCUGAUCGGCAUCCUCUUCGCUCGAUCGCUUCAUUACCAGUUCUACUCCUGGUACGCGAUGCAGCUGCCGUUCCUGGCGUGGAGGACCAGGUACCCGCUCCCUGUGCAGGUAGCACUAUUACUCGCGAUCGAGUAUGCAUGGAACGUGUACCCCUCCACCUCGUUAUCAUCGGGCGUAUUGGUGGCCUCGAACGUCGCCCUCGUAUUGGGCAUCUGGUUCGGGUUUCCGGAAGGGCGGACAGUCCCUCAACCGAAAGCAGCAAAAUCGGACUAG